AUGAAAGACACUAUCAUAAACCAGGAGAAACUCGCCAAACUGCAAGCACAAGUGCGCAUUGGUGGGAAAGGAACUGCUCGCCGAAAGAAGAAGGUGGUUCACAGAACGGCUACAGCAGAUGAUAAAAAACUUCAGUUCUCCUUAAAGAAGUUAGGGGUAAACAAUAUCUCUGGUAUUGAAGAAGUGAAUAUGUUCACAAACCAAGGAACAGUGAUCCAUUUUAACAACCCCAAAGUUCAGGCAUCACUGGCAGCGAACACUUUCACCAUUACAGGCCAUGCUGAGACAAAGCAGCUGACAGAAAUGCUACCCAGUAUCUUAAACCAACUUGGUGCAGACAGUCUGACUAGUUUAAGAAGACUGGCUGAAGCUCUGCCCAAACAAUCUGCGGAUGGAGAAGCACCACUUGCUACCGGAGAGGGUGAUGAUGAUGAAGUUCCGGAUCUUGUGGAGAAUUUUGAUGAAGCUUCCAAGAACGAAGCAAACUGAAUUGAGUCAACUUCUGAAGAAGAUA